CUUGCCGCUAUUUUCGAAUCUGUUGCUGUAACGCCUAGAGUAAUCCUCAAUAGUUGUCAGUUGUAACUUUCAUAAUCAGAACGCCUUGAGUUCAAAGUUGUGAAUAUCUAGUUUCUGUCUUCUGCCCUCACCAUUUAUUUUAAUUCGUCGUGUGCUCAUUGAUUCUUCGGUUUACGUUCUCCAGUUGUAACUCAUUUGAACCCUCAAACCAACACAACACAUCUCAAGACUGAACUCCAAAUUAUUAACUAUUGAGCGCCAGAAGCGAUCUAGUGGCAUGAUGAAGCGGAGCAAACGUGCAGUUGCUCAGUCCCCAUCUUCGUCAACACCAACACUAUCAAGACAUGGGUUGGAUCAUUCACCAUUAUUUUCCCUAUGCAACAGAGAUUCAGACACGGAUAAUUCUGCUGAGCACUUUGGGUUGCAAGUUUCCCCCUUGUUCUCAAAAAGUCGGAUUUCGUCUGUAAGAUAUUCCCCCUUAGAAAUUGAUUCACAGCCUACUAAAGGAAAUUUUAGCAGCAUGUCUCACAGCUUUGGCCACGAUACUCCGUCCCCGGAUGGUCAUGUUUUCAAUCCAGACUUAUCUGAUCGAUCGAUCGGGAAGGGCUACCUAAGUGAUCAUCUUCAGCAUAGUCUUUCCUAUGCCCGUUACAUGGAACAGCGUGCACUGCAUAUAUCAGCACGAAUAGCGCAGUCUGCAAACUUAUCAAUGAGCCCACGCCUUCUUUUCACUCCUGAAACCUGUAAUUCCUCGGACACAGCUGACUCAAUUUCAGGACAGCGAAAGAGGUUAUCGGUAGUUGACGACCUAAAUAUGCAUUCCUUUAUGACCAUAAGUCAACAAACAACUUCAACUGUGGAAAGAUAUGCUCGCCUCGCAGAUGUGUGUCCUGACCUACUAAACCGUCGCACUGUCAACAGAUUUAUGAGCCAGUAUACACCAGGGGAAAAGUAUCAAGAAGAAAGACCCAUUGGAAUGAAUCCGAUCUUCAAUUGUAGCAAUCUUGCAGGAUCAUUUUCAAACCUUGUUGACAUCUGCCGAACUAGAUUGGCUGUGCUCUAUAAGGCUAGACAUCGUCUAAGUGGCGUUUUGUAUUGUUUGAAGAGGUCACGCUGCGAUUUCGAACUCGAACAUCUUAACGGAAGUUCAUCCGCUGAGAUGCUGAAUGAGGUUCAAGCCUUGGCACUGCUCCAACACUCCAAUAUUAUUCGGUUUUUCGGCUCAUGGUACGAAGCUGACUCUGUGUAUACACAGUUAGAAUUGUGUUUGGGUGGCAGUUUGUUUCAUCUAUUACAUCCAGAUAGACAGAAUGACACUUCUGAAGCUGCGUCUAUUGUCUUAACGAACCACAUUGACAGCGAUAUACCUAGUUCUCCUACAUCUGGUUCUCCAAGCGAUGCACACCGUAACCGUCUCUCAGAAAAGCCGUUGAUUGUCUUGGCGUCGCACGUUCUUAGCGCCCUUCAUUAUAUGCACACCAAUUGGUCGAUGGUCCAUGGUGAUGUCAAACCAAGUAAUAUCCUAAUACAACUAAGCAGACCUGAAGCUUAUUUAGCGUCUGCUAAAGACUGUAUAGAAAUGGAUGCUAAACGUCAUUGUCAUAAGCUUCUACUUGCCGGAGAUACUGCGGGGAUCGUCUUUAAGUUAUCUGAUUUCGGCCGUGCAUCACGUGCUGGGGAAGAUCGUGAUGGUGAAGACUUAGGUGAUGGGCGCUAUCUCCCAAGACUAAACGACCCUAGUCCACCUGCAAGGGCUGCCACCGGACGGGAUCUCUAUGCGCUGGGCAUAACUCUUUAUCAUUCGGCGGGCGGACCUAUGUCAGCCUCAGUCUGGGAACGACUUCGUGAAACAGAUUGCUUACCAGAUCUUUCCGUCCUCCCUGGUUCCUUGAGACCAGCAGUCAAAAGUCUUUUACGACCCCUUGCUCAAGAUAGACCAACUGUUUCUGAACUAAUCAAUUAUCCUUUAUUUCGUCUUCAUGUAAAUAUUCGUUCGGAUGAUCCUUGCCCAUUGCUGGACUUCGGUUGUAGCAGUUGAGUUCGUAGAUUGACUAUUCCAGAUAAUCCUGAAGCCGUAACUCAUUUACCAUAUCGUAUACAGUUGUAAUAUUCAAUCUGUCACACUCAUUCUGUUAUCACAUCGAUUAUUACUUUCAACUAUCAUUUACCUGUACAUUCUUGAAUUAUUAUGUUGAGAAAGUUUGUUUGAAUA